ACUCUCCAGACAGAGAUUCAGAAUCUGAAGGACCAGGUCCAGGAGCUGCACCGGGAUCUGACCAAGCACCACUCCAUCAUCAACACAGAGACGAUGGGAGAGAUAAUGGAGAGAUCGCUGAACAUCGACAGUAAGAUAGCUUCACAGCACUCCACCGUGGAAACUAUGAGAGUCAUGUUCGAGGAGAUCUGGGAGGAGACUUUCCAGAGGGUCACUAAUGAGCAGGAGAUCUACGAAGCCCAGCUGCAUGACCUGUUGCAGCUGAAGCAGGAGAACUCAUACCUCACCACCAUCACCAGACAGAUCAGCCCCUAUAUCCUCUCCAUUGCCAAGGUCAAAGAGAGACUGGAGCCCAGGUUUCAGGAGGCUAAAAAGCAGCAGGACGACCGCACAGAAACUAUGCUGAAAAUCUAUGAAGACAACACAAUCGCCAAAGACAGUCGAGAAAGUGACAGCCAGAGUUGUGUCACAGAUCAAGACAGACACAAGAACAGCCAUCCACUGAUGCUGGAGUCGGGGGAGAGCUCUGUAAAGACCAAUCGCUCCGGCAGGCCGAGGGUUCCCGUGGAGACGUCCAUCCACAACGAAAAGCCUUCAUAAACACCGUGACAUUUCU